AUGGCGUCGCUGAAGCGCUCAGCGUCUACGUCGUCGCUCUCUUCAUUCUCUAAACCACACCAGUUUCCUCUUCUGCCUCCAAUCGACCAUGAAAUUAAACGAGAACCGUCUUCGCCUCCCCUUCGCGCGCUCAGGACCGCGCCAAUCAUCUCGAGUCAGGUUCCCAGCAAUUAUGUCUCGCUUCCCGCGACUCCUGUAUCGCGGUCACCGCCGGUCACAUCGUCUGGACCCCGGCCGCGACACGCAUCAGACGUGUCAGUCGUAGCACAAGCCCCCUUCUCGUUAUGGGACUACUUGCGUGAAGAACUACUAGCGACAGACUUUGAUUCGCACCAAGAAAUGAAAUGGGAGCGUGUCAGCAACUUUCUUCAUGUUCCGUUUGCCGUUGAAAAGGCAAAUAAUUGGGAUUGGUAUCAUCCUUUGCUUCGACUCGUUCCUUUACACAUUUACAAUUCUCCCAAUCCGAGCUGUGCUGGCCUGGUAUCGUCUAUGAACUCGCUGCCACCAUCUCAAAAGGCGGAUAUACUACGAGCCAUGCUUCUGAUAGUAUCUCUUGCUAUUCUUGCACCACUCACUGAUCCAAGUAAAAUUUAUCACACCAUUCGACUUCAAGAAUCUAUUAAGCUUUAUGUUAUAUUUAACGCUGUAGAGAUUGCGGACAGGCUAUGUACUUCUAUCGGACAGGAUAUUAUCGACUGUCUCUUCUCCCGCUCGACUCUCGCUCCUCUUUCACGGAAUCAACCGGUUACCCGUCGCACAUUUCUACCAAUUGUCUACUUUGGCCUUGCUGUUCUGUACACAGUGGCACACACAUUGGUCCUCAUCUACCAGCUCAUCUCCCUCAACGUCGCCAUCAACUCCUACGAUCAUUCUCUCCUGACGCUCCUUGUUUCAAACCAAUUUGUGGAGAUUAAAGGCAGCGUCUUCAAAAAGUUUGAAAAGGACAAUCUCUUCCAGAUCACCUGUGCAGAUAUCGUCGAGAGGUUUCAGCUACUUCUCAUGAUGUUUUCUGUAGCAGGAAGAAACCUAAUCGAGUUAAGUGGCACCGAAUUCGAUGCAUCCGCUGGCGUGCCGAGCAGCUUUCGAUGGUUUCCAGGACAUAGCCUAGUCUGGACCAUCUUCUCGCCAGUAGCAACAGUCAUGCUCUCUGAGGUUGCAGUUGACUGGCUUAAGCAUGCGUUCAUCACAAAGUUUAACCACAUCCGCCCUUCCGUAUACGAACGCUACAUGGACGUUUUAUGCCUAGAUUUGGCUAGUGGCAGCGCAAUCGGACGACAUGGUGCCAGGAAGCACACAUAUGUCGAUCAGUCUCCACUUGUCGCGCGGCGACUUGGUUUCGCAGCACUCCCACUAGCUUGUUUGACUAUCAUCAUUGCCGCAAACGCAUUGGAUGCGACCAUGUCAUCGAGUCCUGCUCAUCUUGCCAGCCUUGUCAAGAGGAACGUAAAGUAUGCCCUGUUACUGACACUUGCAUGGAUUUGUCUUGUUGUGGUCAAAAUCAUCAUUGGGGUCAAUUUGAUCACAUACGCGACUCACCGACGCGUUGACAUGGAACAAAGGGAGGCGGAAGACGUAGUCAACGAUUUUGGGCGAGAUCCCAUCGGCGAAAGCAAAGACGAAAGGCGCUAUAACCGCGAACUCAAAUCUCUCCUGCUUCAGAAGAAAGACGAUGCAACAAGGGCUGCAGAAAUGGGGCGACGUUUUCAGUCGACAGUGUCUGCUACAACUCACAGCCUUACACGUUCAACAAUGCUUCUAAUGUCGGGUGUGGCUCUUGGGGCCGGCAUAUCGAGCUAUGCUCUUGGUGCAUUCGAGCCGAAAAUUGCUCGUAAACCUCAGUACGGUGACCAAAACGACGUAUUGAAAGUCAAAGAAGAGCUCAGAUUAAAGGGACUCCAAGUCCUCGACGACCCCAAGUCAUUGGAAACAUACGGGAGCUCCCCAAAUUCAUAUCACCCAUCCUCGAGUCAUAGUAUCGUAGUCAAAGCCUUUAGCACCGAAGACGUCGUUACUGUUGUCAACCUGGCUCGGAAACAUAAGCUACCAGUUACUCCAUAUUCGGGCGGAACAAGCCUUGAAGGCCAUUUCAGUGGUUACAGUGAGAACCUUGGCGGGAUAUGUAUCGACCUGUCUGGAAUGAACAAGGUUAUACAGAUCAACGAGGAUGAUGGAGAUAUGGUGGUGCAAGCUGGAAUUCGGUGGGAGGAGGUCAAUGAGGAACUGGCGAAGCGUAACAUUCCGCUGUUCUUUCCGCUUGACCCUGGUCCUGGCGCUACAAUUGCUGGAGGUAUUGGUACUGGAUGCUCUGGCACCAAUGCCGUUAGGUACGGUACAGCACGAGGGGAGUGGUAUAUCAACCUUACGGCUGUCCUUCCCAAUGGAGAAGUAAUCAAAACUCGACGACGUGCGCGGAAAUCAUCAACAGGCUUUGACCUGACCAAGUUGUUUGUCGGGGCUGAAGGCACGCUUGGGAUUGUCACAGAAGUGACUCUCCGUCUUGCUCCAAAGCUCCCAACUUCGGUCGCUGUGGCACAGUUUCCGGACGUACAAUCAGCAGUGUCCGCUGUUACAGAGCUUCUUCGUAGCGACAUGUACACACACAUCCAGUGUGUCGAGUUGCUUGACGUGAACAUGAUGCGAGCAAUCAACCAUGCUGGUCAAUCCAACAAAGCAUUCGCAGACAAGGACUCGCUCUUCUUCAAAUUUCAAGGAUCACCGUCCUCGAUCAAAGAGACUUCGGAUCUAGUCAAGAAAAUUGUCAAGAAGCAUGGCAGCUCUAGGUUUGAUUUUGCGAGAAGUAAAGAAGAAGCGGAGGAGCUGUGGCACCAUCGAAAGGUCGCGCUCUGGUCGGCAAUGGCUUGGGUAGGGGAUAAGGACGUGAAGAUUUGGACGACUGAUGUGUGUGUGCCGCCUUCAAAACUUCCUCAACUUGUGGCCGAGACCAAACAAGAUAUUGAUGAACACGGCAUCAUUUCAUGUGUGCUGGGGCAUGUUGGAGAUGGAAACUUUCACGCCCUUUUAGCGUUCCGAAACGAUGAAGAACUGGAAAAGGUCAAGGGUGCAGUGCAUAGACUUGUGCAUCGAGCACAUAGUCUGGAUGGCACAAUGAGUGGGGAACACGGGGUCGGAGUAGGGAAAAAGGAGUAUCUAGUGGAAGAGCUGGGAGAGGGGACAGUUUCUCUAAUGCGGGCCAUCAAGCAGACCAUUGAUCCAAUGAACUUGUUUAAUCCCGGCAAGCUGUAUCCUGAAAAGGAUCCAUAA